AUGAUUCAACUGCCAGGGAUAAUCUCUGAAUGGGCGGCAGUAAUCCCACUUGUCUGUCAUCUUGCAAGUCCUCAAGAUGAUUACCUCAUUGCUGGAGAUCUAUCUCUCAACGGACGUUUCUCGAUACCUUUGUUUCCUCGCCUUGGGACCCUCUGGGGACUAGGAAGACUCCUAAAGAACGGAUCAAGGUACUUUGACUUUGCCAGCGUUAGAGGAGGCUCAUCCCGAACAGUAUGGGAUGUCAAGUGGGGAUCUGAGUUUCCAUGCGCAAAUGGUGCUGCGAGCGCUGCCAUUGAGGGAGUUAUUCUUGAACGCGCGAAAUCGAAAAACGAUAAAUUAUUCAAGCGAUCUCUCCCUCCAUCAAAAACAUCUGCAGCUUCUAAUAUUCGCGAAGUACCACUGCGCAAGGACCAAACUACCAGCAACAAGCCACAUUUUCGCCAACAGAUCUUAUAUGUGUACCAAUACAAUUUCCACCAGCCCCACUGUGAAUCUCUACGAUAUAGCAUUGUUAGAAUUAGCCGUUCAAGAAUAUGGACUGUACUUAGCUUCAUCAUACUCUGCGGUAUCGCCUUGAUAUUCUGUCUUAUGGGUGCAUAUGGGACUGCCAGCCUUAUCUUGAUUGUUAUAAGUUCCAGACUGGUGGGCAGAAUUAUUACCAUUCCUCGAAGUUCGGGAUAUCUACGCAAUAAUGAGAAGUCCGAGAAUGCAACUAUGCUAGUCGCAUCACACGUCAAUGCUUCGGAAUGGGCCUUAUAUAUUGGCGACCGCGCAAUUGUCGACAGCCUGCUCAACAAGCCCAUGAUAUCCUUUCCGGAGGGAAAUCGAGUACAACUAGCAGCCAGGUUCUUCUACGUCGCACAUGGACUCCAACUUAUCGUGAUUACAUAUGUGGCGGCACAGAAAGGUUGGGAUGGCGUAUCCUUACUCUGUGUUCUUUGUCUUCACUAUGUCUAUCGGUGGUUGGCUGGAGAUCAAGAUGCAGCCUACUGGUUAGCACGAGAAGGUGUCCAGGUGAAGGUGAGAGCAUAUGAGUUUGGCUGGCGAUCGGUUAUGCUUGGCUCUAUACAGCUUUUCAGUGACUCUAAAACGACUCGUUGGAUGGAUUCCAUUAUUGUGCCGCAUUUGCGACGUGAUGCCUUUCUCAGCCACCUGCAAGGGGGCAAAAUCGAAAAAGAGGUAGAAGCAAAGCUCGAUGAGCAUGAUUUGAACUGGGUUAAUCAAGCUACCAUUUUGUCGGUGCAAAGUGCGGAGACCCUGCGGCAGGAUUUCGGUUUGGAAAAUUCAAGGACGGAGUGA